AUGGGAGGGGAGAUAGGGGGAGAUCGUACUGUUAGUGAUGACCCUGAACUGGAAUUCUUCUUUCUGACCCAUUGUUUCUUACGUUUUUUUCUCCUUCUUUUUGCCUGUAGGUUACAUUUCAGGGGUUCCUCAUUUGUCUUCAGCACCGCAGCUCAGCAGAGAAGUACAGGAGAUGAAUGUGGCCCAGAAGAUCCCCAUGAUGAGGCGAAGCAUCCUCUUUCUGAACGAGCCUUAGAGCACAAGGCUAUCAAAUUGGAAGAACAAGUCCGUGAUUUAACCGAGCGAUACCGGAAAGCUUUGGCAGAUUCUGAGAAUGUCCGGAGGAGAACACAGAAAUUUGUGGAAGAUGCCAAACUCUUUGGGAUCCAGAGUUUCUGCAGGGACCUUGUGGAGGUAGCAGAUAUCUUGGAGAAGACUGCUGAGAGUGCUGCAGGGGAAGCAGAGCCCAGUAAUCCCAACCCAACCUUAAAGAAAAUCUACGAAGGCCUCUCUCUCAUCGAGGCCAAGCUGCAAAGCGUGUUUGCCAAGCACGGCCUCCAGAAGAUGAACCCCGUUGGUGGCAAAUACGAUCCGUACGACCACGAAAUAGUCUGCCACGUGCCAGCAGAGGGGAUGCAGCCGGGCACGAUAGCGCUGGUGACUCAGGAUGGCUACAAACUGCAUGGGCGCACGAUCAGACACGCACUCGUCGGGGUGGCAGUGGAGUCACACGAGUGACCGUGACCCACUGGCAUGUGGGACCCUAAUGAGCUGAGGACCCUUUGGCCCUCAGUGACAACUGCAGCUGCAUGUCUUUAUUUAUUAACCUAGAUUUGUGUUGUAUGUUGGCUUCUUUACAAUGUGUGCAGUUAUUUUGCCAUUGAUUCGAAGGUACUUGUAUAUUUAAUGUUCCUUUUUGGAGUAUGUGGAGUAGCAGAAGUCCAGCUUUUCUGUCAUAAACAGUGGCACUGUUGUCCCCUUCUCUGUUGCUGGUUUCAAGUCUCCAUUAAAAAUUUAUGGGGAAGCAGGGGGGAUAUGAGAGAGAGAAAUUAUUGGAGAAGUAGGGAAUCUUCUCUCCUAAUUCUGUCUGAGACAGACUCCUCCUGUGGCCUUUAGGCAAGUAACUUCUCUGCCUCAGUUUCCCUAUGUGUAUUAAGGGACUAUACUAAUACUUAUCGACCUACCUCACAGGGAUAUGGUGAGGCUUUUUCUUUGCAAGGCACUUGGGUGAGGAAAAGCUCAAAGUGCCAAGUAUUAUCAGGCUGGUUUUGGUGUCUUCCCUUGUCCCCAGAUCCCUCAGGUAGGGAUGGAGAGGAUCGCUUGAAACAUCAUGUAGAGCCA